GCGGGCGUACGGCUAUCUCGGUCUCCUCAGUUCCGUAUGCGGGAAGGAGAGGCGAGCCGUCCGUGGAGUGGCGGCGGAGCACCGGCGAGCGGCGGGCAGCAUUAUUCUUGCGAACCGUGCCACUUACGGUAGAAACCUCAUAGCACACACCCUACCACUCCCCAACAGCGCCGUGCAAUCACAAACCCCUCGUCGACUCCCCGAGAACAGCCGCCCCCCUCCUCAUCGCCUCCAUGCCGUCCCCGUCCUCCGCCUCCUCGCCCCACCGGAAGCUCCUCCACUCCUUGAUUUACUGGGCGGUGCAGCGGUGUCGGAUGUCGGAGUCACCCUGCCGGCUCACGGUCUCCCUCAAGAGCCCCUCGGAACUCGCCGGCCCCUCGCCCUUGCGUGUCUCCGUUUCGGACACUGGAGUUGGGAGCAAACUGGAGGAGUUCCUGGAGCUGGAUGCCUUGGCGCGUGAGACUCCUGCAGAGAAAUGGGAUGGCACCCUCUUAAUCACAACUACUGGAAUUAAUGACAAAGCUAUUUACCAUUAUCAAUUUAAUCUUCAAGAGGACAUAUCUUCAAGCGCAAGAUUCAGCAAGCUGGCUACCACAUACAAAAAUUAUACAACAUUCAGCGGGACUGAAGUAUGUCUUUGCCUUUCAAAUGAAGCUGAUCUUGGGGAGUUCAUUCUGUGGCUGGUUGACUUUGUCCGCAAGAUACUCGUGCUAAAAGCAGCCAACUUAGCAAUUGAGCUCGCCAUUGAGCAACCAAGCAGUGCUGGAUCAAGAAAUGUUUGUCUGCCUUGUGAUUCUGAUGAUGCCCAUAUUUCUAUUACCACAUCAAGUAUUGAGCGGCUAGUUUCUGGCCUUAAGGAUUAUGCACUCUCACAUGGAAACACAUGUGAAAAGUGUGAUGCAUGCUGUAUGAAUAGAGAUCGUCUAAAAAUUGGAACCGGAACUGCCAAGAAUGUUGGCAGAAGAAAAUCUAAAGGGCUACUUGUUGAAGCAGUCAUAGUGGUUGCACCAACUGCAUCUGAUUUGAGUUGUUGGAUGGUCAAUUGCUCAUCCACUCAGGUUUUGCAUUUUGAGGACUUUGUACCCUCCCCCAUUUCACAGUCAUCCUUCAGUGUGCUCAUGAGCAUGGACUGGCAAAGCUACGGCUUCAAGUUAAAAGGAGGUUUCAUGGAUGAUGAAGGAAAUGCUGUGCUUCAGUGGGACAAUCUGACAUUUGCUCGGGUCGAUAUUGCCGUUCACACUUACCAUGGAGUGGCAGUGCAAGAAUGGCAGAGAUCUGAACCAGAUAGAUAUCUUGUAAAGAAGGCACUUAAGUCUGCGUUGAAUCACUUGAAAGCAGAUCAUGCAGGAGGCUUUCUCAGUUGUCAUGGAAGGAAGAUUCGCGAAUAUGUUCCUGAUCUCGCGCAAUCGAUUGCCGGUCUGAUCCUGUCAUCCAAUGACCAAGAGUUUCGAGAUGAAUGCGCCGUGCUUCUCGGGCUGGUCUCUGAUCAAGACAUCUCAGAAGAGGCAGUCGAAGCCUGCAUUGGUGACAAGAUGGCCCGUAUCAUAGAGAUGAAUGACACGAAGGAGAAUGUCGAGGAGAAUCUGCCUUAUCUGUUCGAGUGCGAGAAGCUGGAUGAAGAUAGUAAGCAGCUGGAUGAAGAAGACGGAGAGGAGGAUAUGGCUUAUGAUUUCUAGCAUUGCAUUGGCAGUCUUAUAGCUGUAGUACUCCAAUUCAACUAUGCUGUAAGGCAGUUUUGUACUUUUGCCAGAGAAAUUUGUAGAUGCUAUAACAACUGUUGCUACCUCCUCAAGUGGAGGAGCCAAAUACAACGGCCGGUAGCUUUCGCACAAGAUUAAGUUUCGGGUAAUU